AUGGAAGCAGCAGCAGGGGAGUGGCUGAUGAUGGCCGUGUGGUAUUUUGGCCAGGGCCUCAUCUACGGUUCUCUUCUUGCGAUAGCAAUCUUACUAAUCUCCGAGGCGCUGGCCGCCAUCCAACGCUGGCGCAGCAAGCUCGCCGGCGAGCGCCUGCUGGACACCAUACCCGACAUCCCGUACCACCCGCUGCCCGAUAAUGAUGUGUCGCCGUCGUCGUGCGUGAUCUGCAUCGAGGAGUACGAGCGCGGCGAGAGGUGCCUCGUCAUGCCAGGAUGCGCUCACAUGUUCCACAGACAAUGCAUGCGCAAGUGGCUGCGUCAAGGCAACCCAACCUGCCCAAUCUGUAGAGCAACCCUGCUACUCGCGCCAGCAGCAGCAGAAGAAGAACGACGUAUUAGCACGGCAGAGGACAUGGUGUAG